UAUAAAUGUAGAUAAAGAAGAUUUUUUGGAAACGAAACAUAUCUCAGUCGGUAUUUGAAAAUUUGACCAGUAAUGCUAUCUAACGAGAAUUAUUAGAAACAUGCAAAGCCAGUCGAGAAACAUCCAUAUUACGUCAAAAGAAUUCGAAAAUUUAAACGUAUAAUCGGUAUAAUAGAAAGCUUAGGAUCCGUGUAGUUUGCUCGUGAACGUUGUACUUGUUGCGCUUAAAAAGAAAUAUUCGUAACUCCCCCAAGCUCUCCCUACCUGCCUCAGUAACCAUAAAAUAAGAAUAAAGAUUAAAUAAGAUAAACGUCUCAAGAAUUGAAUAUAUUGAAAUAUUAAAAUCGUGUUGUUUAUAAUAUCAGUUUGAAUUAACCGAAAAGAAAAAGAAAAGCUUAUCGAAGGAUGCAUUGUUACAUUAAGGACAUAUUAUCAUAACAUGGCGACUGAAAGCAGGGAAUAUAAAGGCUUUUGUAAAUUAUAGUUUAGUUAGGAGCCACUACAUCAAAAGAUCAAGUACAACGUUCAUUUGUAACACAAUUUAGUGUUGCGUUAGAAUUAUCAAGAGCAAGCUUCUUCUUAGUGCUUUUUAAUACUAUAUUAAUUAUGUAUCACACUAUGUAUCCACCACAAAUGAUGGUGCAGAUUAUGGGUGGCCAACAUGCAAACGGACAAUAUCUAUCAACACCAACACAAAUGGUACAUAUUAAUGGUACAAAUGUAUUAUCAACGGCAGACUAUACGCAAUAUAUACCUGAUGUGUCUGGCCAUAAUAGACAUCAUAUGAUGCAGACUGGAAGUUAUCCAUUGGAGUUAUUGCAAUUAAUGGGUGUUGAUAUUCCUUCAUUGCGGCACAUAGAUUAUGUCAGUAAUGUAGGUACUGGUUCGGGCUCAGGAAAUUGGCCAAGGCGAAUUAUACCGCCAAAUAAUAAUUCUCCGUUACAACCACUCCAGCAUCUAAAUUUUAGACCAACGAAUAAUAAUUCAAUAAAGAAACAACAUUGGAGUAAUAAAACAAGUAAAAAAAGUUUGUAUAGAGAAAACUUUAUGCAUAAUGAUAAAUAUAAUAGUGAUAGUGGCUUUAGUUCCCGUUCUCCAACCCCCAGUAAAUGUCAAGCUGAUAGUAGCCAGAAUGAAAGUUCAGAUGAACGGGAUUCUAUAACAUCUUCAAUUGAACAAGGAAUCAAAAAGUUGCAUAGAGUGCAAUCAGACUAUAGUAUUGUUAAUAAUAAAAUUACAGAAGAGGGUUUUAUUCCAAGUGCUUCAGCACAUCAAUUUUAUCAAAAUCAACGACCUAUUAAUUAUUAUCCUGCUUUUUCAACUCCUAGAACAUUACAAAAUUAUCAGAAUAAAAGGAGGUAUCAAACAGAAAUUGAUGCAUUGAUCGUAGGUAAAGGUAGUCCGCCCCCUCCGAGAUCUCAACGGGGUAAAAAGUUCACAGGAGUAAUAUUACCAGGUUACAGUAUGUUUCCUAGGUAUUAUACUGCUCCAGAUCGAUUUCUUGCUAGAUCUCAUCUCGUCGAAGUCAAUUAUACUCCAGCUGAUUUAAUAACCGGAAGCACGUGGGAUAAACUUUCACAGGACAUUUGGAAAAAGUUUAUAACAAAUCAACAGACUGAAGUCGUUUAUAGAAAUAAAAUGAAUCUUUGGAAAUAUCUCUAUGUUUUGAUAAAGGGAACAUUUCCAAAAUAUGGAUUAUUUUUGGUCGGCUCUACAAUGAAUGGAUUUGGAUCUGACAAUAGUGAUGUAGAUAUGUGCUUACUAGUGAGACAUACAGAAAUGGAUCAAAGAAAUGAAGCUAUUGGGCACUUAGAUCAAAUAUUAAGGUGUCUCAAACGAUCUGAUAUUAUAACAAAACUUGUACUUAUACAAGCAAAAGUUCCAAUCUUAAAGUUUCACGAUGCUAUGCAAAAUUUGGAUGUCGAUCUUAAUUGCAAUAAUGCUGUAGGAAUUCGUAAUACUCAUCUUCUUUAUUGUUAUUCCCAAAUUGACUGGAGAGUAAGACCUUUAGUUCUAAUUGUCAAAUUAUGGGCUCAAUCUCAAGAUAUAAACGACGCUAAAAAUAUGACAAUUUCUAGUUAUUCUUUAGUUUUAAUGGUCAUACAUUUUCUACAAUGUGGCGUCAAUCCUCCAGUUCUUCCUUGUUUACAUUCUUUAUACGGAUGGAAAUUUGGACCACACACGGAUAUUCAUUCCAUAGACAUUAAUGAAAAAUUAAACAUUCCACCUACAUGGUUUUGUCCAAGUAAUCGUCAAUCUCUUGGGGAACUUCUUGUAGAAUUUUUUAGAUAUUAUGUCACAUUCGAUUUCAGCCAAUACGCUAUUUCCGUGCGUUUAGCGCGUAAAGUAUUAAUCGAAGAUUGUAGGAGAGCACGAUCAUUGAAAAAUGAUCCACAUCAAUGGAAAUGUCUAUGUAUCGAAGAACCAUUUGAUUUGACAAAUACUGCUCGGUCAGUAUAUGAUCCGGAUGUAUUUGCAAGAAUCAAGCUAAUAUUUGACUGUACCUAUCAAAAACUAAAAGAAGGUUAUAAUUUAGCUAGCAUCUUUGUUAAAGUAAACACUAUGUCAUCUUAUGCUAUGACAUAAUGAUAUCCUAAAUGUUAGUGCUAUAUGCGCUAUAUAGGAUAAUCAGGUGCUUCCACAUAUUUUGCAUUAGCAAUGGUCCUCUUUUAAGCUAGAGGUAUUUUGAAUAUUUAUCACCUAACGGUGUAAAUAAUGAUAUACACUGUGAUGAAAUAAUUCUGAGCUCGUCUCAGUUUAAAUGUGAUAAUAAUUUAGCAUGAAUUCAUCUUAUUUUAUUGAUAUCUAUUAGGCAUAAAACUUUUCUAAUAAUGUCCCUUUUUUUCUCCAUCUUGUCUGAAAUUAUUUUCUAUGCAAAUCUUAAAUUAUAUUCGUUAUACAUCUUCAAUAUCAUUUCACUCGCUAUUAUGAUCUAUCAUCAUCAUUAUUUUGGUAAGAUACUUGUGUGUACACUAUUGAAAUGGUUUUU